AUGGCGUCUUUUACACACUACGAUAUUCACAGUCAAAGUAAACAAGUGAUUUACCGGGUAUACGUUUUUUUUAAAAAAUUAUCCACUAUAGAUAAUUUAUCUGCCGAUUUUUUUAAAAAAAACUCAAAGAAUUACUGCAGAAGCAUGUGGAAUAAGCGAACGAAGUAUUCAAAAUAUUAUUGCUGAAGUAAAGAAAUAUAAAAACGAUGAUACACCGAGAUUAAGAAGCCUAUUCGCGUCACCGAAGAAAUCGUAUAAACAAAAGGUCAUUACAGAUAUUGACGAUUUCAACGUUGAUUUGGUCAGAAGAACUGUUCAUGAGUUUUAUGACAAAGGUUUAGUUUGAUUUAAAACAUUUUUUUAUUAUAAGAAAACAUAUAAUAUCCUACCUACCUCAUAUAAAAUGUGUAAUUUACCUUCCAGUGGUGAUGCGAGACCAUUUAUUUAGAUGAAAUUUGAGUAAACCAGAACCAUUAAAGAAACCAUAUUUGGCAAAACGAUAUGGAUAGUGAAGUGUUUAAAGUGCCAACCGGUAAAGGUGGUCGUCUUAUUGUAUGUCAUGCUGGGGCAGCUAAAUUUGGUUUUAUAUCCGGCUCAAAAUUAAUUUUCUGGAGUAAAAAUGACAGAGACUACCUCUCACAGAUGAAUAGUCAAAUAUUUCAUGUACUGUUUCAAAAUAUGCUGCAACUAUUUGAGGAGCCAUGUGUAAUUGUCAUGGAUGCUCCAUAUCACAGCGUACUAGUGGAAAAUGUACCAAAAUCAAAUACAUAAAUAUCUGAUGUUCGAAAGUGGCUAAGCAAAAAUGCAUCGAUUUUUCUCCUUCACCUUAGCGGAACUUGAAAAAAAAGUGAAAAUGGCAAAAUCGCGUGAAAAACGAUACCAAUUGGACGAGUUGGCAUAUCAAAUGGGGCAUGAAGUGAUUAGACUUCCGCCUUAUCACUGUCAAUACAACCCAAAUGAACUAAUUUGGGCGCAGGUAAAAGGUGAAAUUGCAACCAAAACUACAUUUAAAAUGGCCGAUGUCGAAAAACUUAUGCACGAAGCCAUAGAUGCAGUUACUAAAGAAAAUUGGGAAAAAUGUGUAAGACACUAA